AUGCCGUUUUUUUUACUACUUGGACUUCUUCUUUUCAUAAGCUGUUUCGCAUACAUCAUCAAUUUUGUGGACUCAAUGACGAUUAUUUUCAAAAUAAGAGUUUUUCUGGUUGCCUUAAGUGCUGUGUGCAUCGCUAUACUGUUUUGUUGGAAUGGUCAACAACUAAUUGAUACAAGCGAUUUGUAUAUUUCUUUAGCAGGAGCUCCUUGGUACUAUUGGAAUCUUGAAAACAUAAAAAUUCUUUUGAUAUUUAUGACGAAUUGCACUAAGCAUGAGAGUGUUAUUUUUACUGGGAUUUGUGUAGACUACAAUCUGUUUGUUUCGAUGGUACGAAUCUCAGUCUCAUAUGCUCUAGUUUUGUACAAUCUUCGCAAAAGUAGUCUCGUUUGA